AUGGCUGCCGUGCAUCACCCACGCGCAGGCAGCGCAACGUUCUGCUAUUGGACGAGGAGCGCCGCUGAAGGUCGCUCUCAUUAUAGCUUCCUACGGCAACCAGCAAAUGCACGCCCCUGGUCCAUCCGGCUGUACCAUAGCGUCUGGACACGGGACCGACGCCUUGUGGACUGCGCGGUGACUGAUGAGCCAGCUGUCACAGAGAGAUACUUAUCGCUAUGCCGCGGAGAGCAGGCCACGAACUUCACCGACGUCCUGGAGACGCGGUUCGACGUCAGUUUACUUUUUGCACCAGAUAACCCGUGUGCAUAUCCGUUUCCAGCGGGUGUCCAAGCAUCUAAACGCACAAAGAGGGCGAUCACCGACCCAGUCCUUGCUGAACGUCACACUGGGGAUAGUUCGGAAGUGAAGCACCGGCGCCAGAAACGAGCAUGGAUCAUUCCGGGGACAGUUUGGUGUGGUUCUGGAAACAAGGCAGACAAUUACGACGACUUAGGUAUCUUCACGCAAACCGACAAGUGCUGCCGGGAGCACGACUAUUGCGCGAACACCAUCCCCUCAUUCAGGUUUGGCUACGGUGUCUUCAACCGGCACAUUUUCACCGUUUUGCACUGCGACUGUGAGGAGAGGUUCCGCCAGUGUCUCCUCACAGCGAAUGACAGGGUGUCCAACAUGGUGGGCUAUGGCUACUUUAACCUCCUGAAGACCCCCUGCUUCACCUUUACGGAGAAAAUGCAGUGCAUUCAGUCUAACUGGUUUGGCAUGUGUACGUUAUCCGAGAUGUCCCCCUUUGCCGUGUUACAGGAUGCCAUGGACUUCAAUUCCACUCAGCCUACCUCAGCUGCCACUCCAGGGACCUGGCAUGACACUUCUGACCCUGCGUCCCCAAUGCCCACUCCCAUUCGGAACGUCACACGUGACCCUGUAUACACAACACCCCCACCCAUUUGGAAAAUCACUUCCGACUCUGUAUACACAACACCCACGCCCAUUCGGAACGUCACACGUGACUCUGUAUACACAACACCCACGCCCAUUCGGAACGUCACACGUGACUCUGUAUACACAACACCCACGCCCAUUCAGAACGUCACACGUGACUCUGUAUACACAACACCCGCUCCCAUUCGGAACGUCACACGUGACUCUGUAUACACAACACCCGCUCCCAUUCGGAACGUCACACGUGACUCUGUAUACACAACACCCACGCCCAUUCGGAACAUUGCACGUGACUCUGUAUACACAACACCCACGCCCGUUCGGAACAUCGAACGUGACUCUGUAUACACAACACCCACGCCCAUUCAGAACGUCACACGUGACUCUGUAUACACAACACCCACGCCCGUUCGGAACAUCGAACGUGACUCUGUAUACACAACACCCACGCCCGUUCGGAAAAUCACUUCCCACUCUGUGCCCCCCACGCCCACACCCGUUGGGAACGCCACAUCUUCCACGGCGGGAAUCAGGCUUCCGCCGGCCCGUAGGCCCAAACAACGGCUCCCCUGUCGCCCGAAGGGCCCAGCCAAAGGGACGGCCUCCAGGGCUGGAAGGAGGAAGGGUGUAAGGAGGCCGGUUUGCAAGGAGCAGCCAAAUUCUCGUCUUCCUGCGAAGGGGCAGGACUCCGAUGCACAGCUUACAGCUGACAGCGCAGCGGGGCGAGACCCGGCUGACCCCCCACACCAGAGGGUUGACCCUCGCUCAGAGAACGCCCUGCCCAGCACCCGGCCCAGGACCCCACAGCCUGCCCCACAUAAGCACCCUGCACUCAUGGAGGAUGCCCGGAAAACAGAGACACAGCAGCCCUGCGAUUGCUACAAACACCUGGAUGAGUGUAGGCUCAAGAUUCCACCGCUGGGUGAGAGAUUUGGUCUGAAGAACCCAGAGCGCAAGACCCUGUACCACUGUAACUGUACCAACAGGCUGGCCCAGCAGCUCCAGGAUCAGGAGGAGCCAGACGGAGUCCAGUCCCUGCUGGUGGAUUUUGUCUCCCUGUCCUGCUUCCAACUGCCCCCUCCAGAGGAGUGUCCUGGGACAGCUAAGGGGUGCCCCGCUGUCCUCUCCGAAGCCUCGCACCUCCAGCUGACACUCUCCCAGCGGGAAAACGGAGAGGCAGGGAUACAUCCAGAGAGGCCAAUCCUGAAGGUUAAGAGGCACAACUCCAGGGAGUCCAAGAGGAAACAAAGCCCGGUCAAACUCUACAAAAAGUGCCUGAAAAUCAUGGAUUCCAAAACAUCAAAAAGGGCUGAAGGGUAACGGUAGCCUCAGCCCAGGGACGGGGCGGGGCAGAUGCGUUCCUGGGCCCCAGUGCGUGUGCACCUGUCUGAAUUUCCACCUUG